ACUCUUCUUCCAUAUGCCCCUCACACUUUGAGCACUUUCCUCCUUUUCUCUUUUUUCUGACCCUGCAUUUAUACACUGCUUUGUGCUUUCUUCAUGGCUCUCCUUGUCUUUGCUAUUUUGAUCUUCUUGGCCCCUUCAAGCAAUGCCUACUGGCCACCUUCACCUGGCUACUGGCCAAGUUCCAAAGUCAGGUCUUUGAGCUUUCACAAAGGAUUUAGGAACCUAUGGGGCCCUCAGCACCAAAGACUAGACCAAAGUACAUUAUCAAUUUGGCUAGAUAGAACCACAGGAAGUGGCUUCAAAUCGGUACGUCCAUUUCGAUCCGGGUACUUUGGUGCUUCCAUUAAGCUCCAACCUGGGUACACUGCAGGAGUUAUAACUGCUUUCUAUCUUUCCAACAAUGAAGCACAUCCUGGUUUCCAUGAUGAAGUGGACAUUGAGUUUCUUGGGACAACAUUUGGAAAGCCUUAUGUUUUGCAGACCAAUGUUUAUAUAAGAGGGAGUGGAGAUGGGAAAAUUAUAGGUAGAGAGAUGAAGUUCAAUCUGUGGUUUGAUCCUACCAAAGAUUUUCACCAUUAUGCUAUACUUUGGAGUCCUAAGGAAAUCAUAUUCCUAGUAGAUGAUGUGCCAAUAAGGAGGUACCCGAGGAAGAGCAGUGCAACAUUUCCAGUGAGGCCAAUGUGGCUUUAUGGUUCAAUAUGGGAUGCCUCAUCAUGGGCAACAGAAGAUGGAAAGUACAAAGCUGAUUACAAGUAUCAACCUUUUGUUGCAAAAUACACCAACUUCAAAGCUAGUGGCUGCUCAGCCUUUGCCCCUCGGUGGUGCCGGCCAGCCUCAGCCUCACCGUACCCCUCAGGUGGGUUGACCUCACAGCAGUACGGGGCCAUGUCGUUUGUGCAGAGACACCACAUGGUUUAUAACUAUUGUCAAGACUCCAAAAGAGAUCACAGGCUCACACCUGAGUGUUGGGGUUAAAUCUUAAAAGGAUAAUCAUACAUAGACAUACAUUUUGUGUUAAACAUACUUUAAACAUAUCAUCUUGUGAUGGUUUUUUAACAAUCACCACAAAUGUGGAGAUUUAAAAUUGUCACAACAUGGUAUAUCUGAAGGAUGUUGCAAAAAAAAAUGUAUAUUUAUCUAUCCUUUUCUCUAUCUUAAAACUUUGCAAAUUGGGGUGGUUUUGUUUUGUUUUUUUCUGCUUGUGGUCCUAAAGCAAACAACACACUGUUCUCUUGUGA